AUGCUGGCUCCGGCUGGCUGCGCUCCGGGCAUGAAUAUGAACGUCAACGUCAACGCCCUGUCGCAGGCGCUACCACCCUUACUCAAGCGCAAACGCUCCGAUUCCUCCGCGACCGACGCUCCCGCCUCGACCAAGCCGCGCUCUGAACCGUCCGUCGCGGCGUCGACAUUGCCUACACCGACGACGACCGUGACUACGCCUGCUUCGGAACCAGUGUCAGCGCCCAUCGCCCCAUCACCAUCGGUCACGAUAGCGCGCGAGCCGGCGCUGGCGCCGGCCGUGCGUGCGCGUCCAGAUGUGAAUCGCCUGCGCGAGACCAUCACUGCCCAGCUCAGUCUCGAGGUCCUCCUCAAGCACAACGAGCUGCGCCUGAUCGACCAGGAGAUUGCCAAGUGUCAGGUUGCGCUGGAACAGUUGCGACGCUGUGCUGAGAUCCCCUACCCGGGGUCUGCAGUCUCUGGUGUAUCGGCCGAUGUGAGCGCUGGCACGGGUGCCUCGGUGCUGCUGCCUGGAAAUGGCCCAGCACCGAUCUCGCCCGCGCCUUGGGGUGUCACGGAGGGUCCAUACUCGCGACACUACGCGCGAUGGCUUCUUCCGGACCCCCGGUUCGAUGGCGGUGAGGUCGAGACGGGAUCGCUGGCGGUUCGCGAAGGCUUCAUGGUGCCGGAGGGCCGGUCCACCCGUGGGAAUCCAAUGGACUUUAGCUCACUAGCGGGUAAGACUCGGCCGUCGCGUGGGACUCCUCAAGCCAAAUUCCAGUCGCUAUCGUCCGGGUAUCCUGUUCCCAAGGAGAAGCCUGGACCGAUGAUCAUCCGGCGCAAGUCGGAUCAGGUUUUGGUUAAGCUGGUUUGUCUAGACUGUCGUCGGGAUAACUUCUCGAGCACCCAGGGGUUCAUCAAUCACUGCCGUAUUGCGCACAACCGGAACUUUGCCAGUCAUGACGCUGCUGCGAUGGCCUCAGGAGAGCCAGUCGAAGUUGAUGAUGCUGGCACCAUUGUUGGUGGUGGCACUGGUCCUCGCAGCGAGCCGACCAGCAGUGUUCAGGCACCUGGCUUUGUGCAUCCGCUCAUUCGCUCUGCUCAACUGCCUACUCCUUCGAAAGAGUCUGUUACUCCUCAGAAGCCCCUGUCAGUCAAUGUGCCUGCCGCAGUCGCCACCCCGCCUGCUACUGUCCAGCCAAAGGCCGAGUCCCGUCGCCAGUCUGAGCCUGUCAAUUCUACCAAGAACCCAUCGUUCCUCGCUUCUCCAGCAACGCCGCAUCUAUCUGCGCUCAUGCGUGAUCGUGGCCUUGGGCUGAACUUGGACAAGCUCGUGGCAGAGGCCAAGACGCCUGUAGACCUCAGUGCUCUCUCUGACGAUGACUCGGACGCCGACGAAUCGGAACAUCCGUCCACAGCAACCAGCCAGGCAGCAUCUCAACAGGGUACCCCCGUUGUUCGUCAUCCCAUGCGCAUCCCGACCGCGCAAGCUUCCCAGCGAGCGGAAAGUCGCAAGGGCAUCGACAGAGGCCCUCACGACCUCCCAGACAUGACUCCUUCCCGUCCGCCUUACCAGCAGUCCUUCCUCGACCUUUCCUCACUUCCCAGUGGGCCUCAUCCGGCACUGACCGAUGCGUCUCGCGAAAGUGACAGCCUCCUCGACCACUCGGCCAACCUCAGCCCGAAUGCACUGGAAUCCAACCAGGCGCCUAGCCUGGUCAGCGAUGACGAGGACGACUACGAAGCGGCCUCGGACUCGGACAGCCCGAGUUCCUCCGAGGCUGACGAGGAGGAGCAGGAAUUCCGACACAUUGAAGUCGAGGACGACGAGCGGGCUGGUGCUCCCUCUGCUACUACCACCGAGCCCAAGCCUGGCCCGUCGCUGACGAACCCUGGUCCCCAGGCUGCCCCUACGCUCUCUAAGCCGCUGAAGCAAAACCGCUCCAAGAAGAUGUCCAUGGUACCCGGAUUCGGUGACCGUAGACGCGACGACGAGCAAGUGAACUUUGUGCAUCCCAACACCGAGGAAGCCAAGCUGAAGCGCGCGAACGGGCAAAAGCCUCCGCAGUCGAACCAGUGA